AAAUUAAUUUCGUAUGCAAAUGGAAUUGUUUGCACAAUUUAUCGGCUGGGCCUAAGAGGUCUUGCAUAGGCUUCAGUAGGCCUAACGCGAAAUCCCCAGCGCUGCCCAUUGGCUCUAUCAAAAGCUUAGGGAUUCCUUAACGAUGCCGGCAGUAAUUAACGUUGGAGGCCCUGUCGCGUGGGGCCUCGUAGUGCUGCUGUCGGCAUGGGCCGUGCGCGCGGGCAGGGCGCUUGCAGGGCGACAUGGAAAGCGCCGAGGGGAAGACGAUGAAGCCGUUCAAUACGAUCCCGACGCUCCGCAACCCCGAUUGCUGCAGCGCCUGUCGGCGACGGCGGUUCGUAUGCUGAUUGAGACCUCGCCGUUACCCUGUGUCGUGCUGGAACUGGCUGAGCCCGGCAACAGCAACAGCAGUAGCAGUAGCAGUAACUCCCGGCUCCAGGGGCAGCAGCACGGGAAGUGCCGUACGGCCGCCAUCCCAGCCCGUCACCAUGCUGACGGAGGUGCAGCCGUACACCCCGCCGCCCUCGGCAGGAUCGUACCGCCUGAGUUGGCAGCCUCGGUGCCGUACAUGACCGCCGCCGCAUGGAUACGCGCCCUGGCCAGCCCUGAAGCCUGGCGCACGGAGCUUUCGAAGGCCGCAUCCGCUGCUGCUGCCUCCACCUCCGCCUCCUCCAGCAGCAGCGGCAGCAGUAGCGCCUGUGGGGGCAGCAGCAACAGCACCGCUGAUGCUGUAACAGCAUCCAGCACCACCACCACCACAGCAGCUGCAGCAGCCACGCCAGUAACGACCGAGUCAAUUGUCGGACGGGAAACAGCAACAGCGUCUCAGACACCAGCAUCAUCAUCAGCAGCAGCUCAGCAACAACAGCAGCUGCUCCUUCGCACUUCCGUACAUCCCGUACAACAAACGCUCCCGGCCACAACUGCCAGCACGACAGCUGCCGGUGGUGGUGGUAUACCGGCGGCGGUGGCAACGACUGGGGGAGAGCCCGACGGCAGUGGGCGAGUGGGCUCCUCCGCCUCCGCCUCCGCCUCCGCACCCUCCGCCGCAUGCUCGCUGCCGUACCCGCAGCGCCAUGCGUUGCUGGUGGUGCUAGGCCGCAACGAACGAGCGGUGGCGGCGGUGACAGCUGCUGCCGCCGCGGCGGGCUUCUCCAAGGUCGCCACCCUCCAAGGCACCCCGGAUGCCUUCGCCGCCGCCUCCCUGUGCGGCCCCCGCCUGCCCACCCUCAGCCGCAGCGGGCUGUGGCUGCUGCUGCAGCUGGGCGGCGAGCAGCCCGCAUUCCACGUGCCCUCCGCGCUCGUGCUGGACGUACGGAGGCCGGACGAGCGAUUGAUGUACGGCGCUAUCCGGGGAACGAUCAACAUACCAGCGGACGAGCUAGCGGUGGCACUAGCACUACCUCCCCUGGAGUUCAGCAGGCGCUACGGCGUACCUCGACCCCUUCCGGCUGCAGCGGUGACAGCUGCCUCAGCUGCAACCACCACAGCUGCUGCUGCUGCCUCCCCCAUUGUGCCCGCUGCGGAGGAGGCGGUGGUGGUGCUGCUGUCACGGUCGGGUCGGCGAGCAGCCUGGGCGGCGCAGUUGUGUGUGGAUGCGGGGCUCCGGAGGGUAAUCGUGUACGGCGAAGGGGUGUACGGCUGGCGACUUGAAGAGCGGGUGAAGCCGUACCGAGCAUUCGACCUGGGCUGUGCACCCCCAGAUCCGGAGCCCUUCGUUCCGGAGGAGCCGGAUGAGGCAGCGGGUCUGCAGGAGCUCCAUGUGUUGGGCAUGCCGCUGCGGCAGGAGACCCGCCCCUCCCGCUUCGCUCGCAUGCCCACCCUGUGAGCUGCUGCCGGCGUGGGGGGGGCACUGUGGCGCCGGCGGCGGUGGCGGCAGCCGCUGCUGCUGCUGCUGCGGGGCCCUUGCGGCUGCUGUGACUGGACCACGGGGCUGUUCUGACGGCAGUGCUGAUCGGGAGGAGGCAGGGGGGACCUGUGGGCUUUGAGUACGGGACCCGGAUGGGGGAUCUUUGCACCUCCUAUGUGGUGGAACGUGAGAGGGCGGUUAGGAGCGUGUUGGCUCUUACACGCGAGUGCGCUCUCUGAGUGCAGCAACCAGGAUAUACCGUACUUGCGGGGCUGCGUUGGGCGGGACAGAUGGGGAGUGGAGUCAUCGAGCACCCUACCAUGUCCCAUGCAUGUCGGGCAAAGAGGCGAUCGCUGUCUGCUUACAUUCGACUGCUUUUUCGAGUUUGUUGUUGGGCAAAAUGUGGUCAGUUGCUGGUGUGUAACACUACGAAAUAGACUGUUGUUGCUCAAGCGCCCCACAAGAAGUUUAAGUGUAAGUUUCUAAUGUUGA